CACAUAAAACACUCACUGUUUGUUGUUGGCUUGUUGGGGACUGCAAAGUUCGAGAUUAUAUAAUGUCGCACCCAAACGACAACCGAACGGUGACGACGAGCACCGAUCCGGACGACGGCUUCGAAACCAUCGCCGCCCAGCGCCGCGAGCUCAUGGCGGCCCAAGCCCUAGAGUCCGAUCUCGACCUCGCCUUCCGCCUCCAGAUGCAGGAGGCGAUCGACGCCUCUCUAUCUCUCUGCCCUCCCUCCUCCUCGCCUCCCCGCCCGGCUCAACCACAGGAGGACGAAGAUGUUGUCUUCAACCUUUCCAUUCUCCAGGCCGAAGAGCUUGACAGGUUCGAGCGGGAGCGUCGCGAUCGCCUCGUGGCCGAGGCCGAGAUGAAGAGAAUCAAAGAAGAUCUCCACCGCCGAAUCCACGAUUAUAAAGUCGCCGACGAGAUUCAUUACAUGGCGGAGGACGAUUGGGACGAGUACGGCGACAACUUCGCACGUCCCUACGGGGAGGGCACGUCUUCGUCGUCGUCGUCUUCGUCCAACGGUGUAAAUACGUCAGUGGAAACUUUUAGGGUGUAUUUCAAUGGUUUACUGUUGGACGAGAGGGCCCUGGGUACGAAGGUUCCGUUGGCCGGGAUUGGUGUCGCGAUUUGUGAUUCCAGGGACAAUUUGAUUUUCGAGUUGAAGAAGCCGUUAACUGGGAAUGGGACGAACCGGCAGGCCGCCCAAGCCAAGGCUUUGAUUGAAGGAUUAAACGCGGCCAUUGAUUUGGAUUUGAAGAGGGUCGUAUUCUACUGUGAUUGCUUUCCCCUCUUCCAAUUUGUUACAGGUCGAUGGUCACCUAAACAACGGAAGAUUAAAACAUUAGUUAAUCAGGUGACACUACUUAGGAAAAAUUUUUUGUACUCAGCUCCAGUUCUUGUGGCUAGGAAUGAUAUCAAAUUUGCAUUUACGCUGGCACGAGAGGCAAUAGUUUCUCAGAUUAACAGGCCUUCAGAUUAUGGUGCUGCCAAUAACAAGUUUGAAACUUGUGUUAUUUGCUUAGAAGAUAGAGAAAUUGGCCAGAUUUUCUCAGUUGAUGGUUGUUUGCAUCGAUAUUGCUUUUCUUGUAUGAAACAACAUGUGGAAGUUAAGUUGCUACAUGGGAUAGUUCCCAAAUGCCCUCAUGACAGCUGUGACUCUCUGCUAAAAAUUGAGAGCUGUGGACAAUUCUUGACUCCUAGAUUAAUUGAGAUAAUGAGCCAACGCAUAAAAGAAGCGUCCAUUCCUGCCGCUGAGAAAGUUUAUUGUCCCUAUCCAAAGUGCUCAGUGCUAAUGUCGAAGAGUGAGACAUUGGAGUUUUCAAAGAACACAUUAGAUCAGUUUGAAGAAUCUGGAGUUAGAAAAUGCGUGAAAUGUCAACGGCUUUUUUGCAUCAAUUGCAAGGUUCCUUGGCAUGAAAAUAUGAGCUGCAUUCUCUACAAGAUUAGAAAUCCUUAUCCCCCUGUGGAAGAUGUAAAGCUGAAGAGUCUUGCUGAUAGGAAUCUCUGGCGUCAGUGCAUAAAGUGUAAGCAUAUGAUUGAACUUGCUGCAGGCUGCUACCACAUGACUUGCAGGUGUGGUUAUGAGUUCUGCUAUACUUGUGGAGCUGAGUGGAUGAACAAGAAGGCGACGUGCUCCUGCCCGCUCUGGGAUGAAGGAAAUAUAUUGUACGAUGAAGAGGAAGAAGAAGAUGAAGGAAAUAUGUCCGAUGAUGGAGGGGAUUACUAUCCCGACUUCUAUGACUCAUCUGAGGAUGAUUUUUAUUAGCUGAUCCCUCCAAAAAGAAAGAACAACUUGUUUUUGAAUAACUUACCCUCGUAUAGCCCACCUAUUCCAGUAUUGUGAUAGAAAUUGUAGCUUCGACUACUUGGUUUUUGGUGAAUAGUCGAACAGCAUUUCUGAUA